UCAGUAUAAGACCAGACUUCACCUGAGCUACACGUUCUCCCUCGCUCAUGAGACUUUGCAAACAGAUCUCGGAUUACUUUGUGCUCAUGAAACAUGAUCAAUCUCCUUACUUGGGGAGCUGUGCCUCUUGGCUACACGAGUGAAUUAGACAGUGAAUACGACUGGCCCUCUAGUGAACUUUGCUCUGUGAUGGAAAUGAACUUUCAAAAUUUCCGUGGUGGACAUCCACCUCUUCCUGACGUGAUCCUGAGCAACACUCCUCCCUCUUCGCCUCUGCGCAGGUCUCAUUCUUACCACUUCCUCUUCCCCGAGAAGUCGGAAGACCAGCUACGCCCCUCGAGGGAAGCCUACCAGAGGACAUUGUCCUUCCUGCCCACCCCACCCCCGACUCCCACCAGUCCACAAGAAGGGACGCACGACCCCGGGGGCGAGCGCAGUCGAGAUGAUGAUGAUCCUGACAUCGACAGCGCCAGAACCCGCCUGGGGCACAUCCAGGAAAUCCGGAGACGCUUGGGAGGAAACCAGGCCCACUUCCAGCCCCACCAGUCGCUCCCUCAGUUGACCUGGGAAGUGCCAAGCAUCCAGAGGUCCCGUAGGAUGACAUCUCCUCGAGUUUCGGGAGAGGGCAACAGCGGACAGAGAGGGCAGGGCGACCAAGAGGGCCCAGACGAGAGAGACGAAAGACUUCGUCAAAUUGGAGCUGACCUUCGGAGGAUCGCUGACCAGUUUCAGCUUGACAACGGUAAGGGCGGCGUCUCCCCGAAAAAAGGUGAUGGAGCGAGAGUUUCAUGGGCGGUUCCAGUGGCCUUCACCAGGUGUCUCUCGGCGUCUUUGCUCUGUCUUCUGUGGUGGAGGCUCCUGAACAAGCUGCGCUGACUCAGCAGUCUGCGUCUGCGACCUGCCCGAUUGCCGUAAUGACACUUGGACAUGACAGGUAGAAGGAGAAUGCUUUGCUGCCUGUGGGAUUUUUGGCUGCUGCGUGAGAAUUAUUAUCUUGAGAAAAUGAAAAUGAUUUGAGAGGUGGUUCCCGAGUGAGCGUAUUUAAGAAAAUGGAAUCAUGGCUGCUGUCCCAAAACUAUUUUCCUGGUGUUCGGUUAUAUCAUGCUUUCACUGCCCCCCCGUCCCUAAGAUCCGUUUCAGGAGGACAAAAUUUGUUUUGAAGAUUUUCUACCUCAUGGUGUACCUUUUGGGUCCAAAGUCCAUCCACUUUUUUCCACUCGGGUUUUUUUUUUAAGUGUCAAGAGCCAUGAUGGAGGAAAUUUGUAUUUUGUAUUGAAAGUUUGUGUAACCUGUGCAGAUAUGUAACCGUAUGCAGACAUAGAUUUGUUUUUAUUGUUUUUCAAAUGUGGAAAGAUCACGGUAUACUAGAAUAAUGAUGAAGUAAGGUAUGUGAAAUGCAUUUUGAAGGUUGUCUAGUGGUGCAGCCCCACGUUUAAGUAACGUCAUACUUUUUGGUUGCGUGGAUUUUUUUUCGUCGAAGACUUAAAAAGCAGAGGGCUUAGUGAUAGGUUCGUGCAACCUUCCUUGUGCAACAUAGCUCAAGUUAAUCCAGUUUGUUUUUCUGCCAAAUGUAAAAACCAAAAAAGAACUGAAGUGUACAGUCACAAGUUGCUUUAAGACUUGAAGCUCAUUAGUCUUUCACCCAUUGUUUUCGGACAUUAGAUGGAGGUUCUGAUAUAACCCAGUUUGGUCCAGUGGACGUCACUACCCGGGUGUCUUUCAUAACUGUAUCAGAGAAUCCUGGCUCGCUGGAAUGGUUCCAAAUUUCUUGUAACCAGUUAGGUAGGCACUGUGCUUUCAGAAAACGGCUCCUUCGAUAAAUUAUUUAACGAAAAAUCUUAACUUGGCACAUUAUUUAAUUAGAAUAUUCAGUAUAAAGUAUUUAAUGAGAAAUCUUAACUCAGAACAUUAUAUAAUUAGAAUAUGUAGUAUAUUUAAUGAAUCUUAACUUAGAACAUUAUUUAAUUAGAAUAUGUAGUAUAUUUAAUGAUGUUGCGACGAAGAAAAUAAUUUAGUUACAGUAUGUAGUAUAUUUAAUACCUUUGCGACAAAUGAUUGCGAGCCAGGAUUCCUUGCCGAUAAAUCCAGCAGAAAACUAAGCCACAGUAGCAUUGUUCGCCUUUGUUUGCGAAGGCACCUGACUUAAGUUGGUGUAGCUUUAUAGCGAAGUAACUGAUGGAUCUCGUGUAUAGUUGUAAGGAAUGAGAGGAAGAGAGAAUGAAUUUUGUAUCGCCUAUCUAGAAGGCCAUGUGUAGUCUUUUUUUGCGUAGAUUAAGGUUUUGUAUCAAGACAUUUUUAUUUCUUCUUUUCCUUUUUGAUAACCUCGAAAGGAACUAUUUUGUAUUUUUUUCCUUGUGUACCUUUUUUUUUGUAAUUUGCUUCUUCUUAGUCAUGUAAGGGCAUCAUUGCAGUAAGUUUUCUUUGUUGUGAAUAGAAAGACAAUUUCCUGUAAAUAGAGACAUGAGCACCUGAGGUAUGUAUUGAAAUAAUUUUACAAGGGCGGAGGAUGUCCCCCCCCCCCCCCCCCAAGCGUACUCUUCAAUGUAACCAUUUCUUUGGGAAUAAACCUUUUAUUUUCGUAAGAUUUUGCACAAAGGGAAAACGCUGACUUUAUGUUCCCUAGAUGUUUCUCUGGGAAAGAAACCACCCACCUCAUUUUCACCGAAAUCUUCGGAAGGGGAAGAAGGUGGGUUAUUUCAGUUGGUUUUGGCGAUGCAGCUUUAACCUGUUUCCUUCUCAAAAAAAAAAAAAGAGGGGGAGGGGGAGUGGGUUGGUGAAGAGGGAGUUUCCCGUUUGAGCAAAAAUCUUACACUUAUGUUUGGGAGGCUUUGUAAAUAAAGCAAUUAGUUUAAUUGGUGCUCCUGAGUCAAGAAUAUUCAUUCUUAAGUACUGAUUUCUUUCUAGGGAACCAUUCAGUAGUAUCUGUUCUGUUAUAUUAUUAUUAUUAUUAUGCCGCGUGCGUCUCCAAAAUCCUUUUUGUAAGUGGCAAGUAUUGUGGGAUGUUGAAAUUUUUCAGCAAGUUUAUAAAAAAAAAAUAACGUAAUUUUAUUUUAAAAAUUCGAGUCAUUUAAUUACGCCUUAAUUAACCAAGAGUUCGAAACAGCCCCGCCGGCCGUGAAUUAGUGACGUCAUUGUUAUGUAAGAUUUAGCGAACUGAUCAUGAGAAUUGUUGUCAAAGGCCUCUGUUAAUUUGAACACGUAGUUAGAAAGGGGUGUUUCGAUCUCUGACGAACGGUUGUUACUGAAUGGUGUCCCCCCCUCCCCCAAUGAUCAUCAAAGCUAGGAAACGUGAUAAUUUUUUUCUUCUAAAACUUUACGAAGUUAUAUGUGGAUAUAUGAAAUAUAUUGCCUGCUUUUGUAUUAAAGGUGUCCGGGGGUCCUUAUCUGAAGGGGCGUUGUACUUUAUGCGAGUCCAAUAUCUCAUUUCUAAAUUUAGUGUCCCGAAGAUUUUGAAGUCGUAUUUAUUAUACUUCGACGUGAAUUAAAUCGUUAAGAAUUGCCCUCAGAUUUGGACGCCUCCGGAUAUCUGUCUCUUUGUAGCUAGGGAAUGAAUGAAUGAAUAGGCGUCCGCGUCGCCAGAGCAUGGCAGCAACGACGCCCCAUUCAAGAAAAGCCAUAAAUAACGACUAGUAUUUGUUAAAAGCCUGAGCUGACCUGGCUCUUCGUAUAGAAGCCCUUCGUCGCCUCCUGAUGUUGCUUUAUUUGUUUUUGCUCACUCGGUUUACUUUAUGAUGGUAAUAAGUUUUAGAACGGAGGCCAGAAGUCCUUCUAUAUUUCCCCCGAAACAGUGUUGUCAGACAUUCAACCAAAAAAAAUUAUGUAAGUGUUGGACGCUUGCGUUGAAAGCAGUGCAAGAAACGGACUGAAUUACGUACUCCGGGUUUUAACCAGAUUAAGUUCAUUCUACUGAAUUGUUCCUUUAGAAGUGUAUUAAUUUUGUCUUUGGUUUAUGUGUCAACACUGUUUUGCCCUAGUCAGCAUUAUCAGCAAUCAAAAUGAUCUCUUGGUAAUAUUAUGGAUUGUGCAAUUGUUUGUACAGAAGUUCGUGCUCGUGUACAGCUUUUUCUGUACCCAAACGUCAUCUGAACGGAUUGUCAACAUAUCUUUCGGUUUCAUUUUGUUUUACAUCGGUUGUUCACUUUUCAGUUCUUUAUAAGUUGUUAAUAAAAGUAUUGUUUUCUCUAAGUUUCGGCGGAGCCUUUAAUGGGACUGCUUCUGAGAUUUUGUAGGACAUCAUUAGGCCAUACUGUGCAAUGCUAUGACUCGUCAGAUGUCACGGGUCGGAAGAGAAGAUGCUCACUAGUAAAUACUUCAAAGGUUUACAAGUUCCCCCUGCUACUGAUUCUUGACUAGCGAAUUGUGAUAAUUAUUUCUAUGACGCUUUUUUUUUAUUUGUAUAUACAUAAUACUAUCUUGGCUUGUGUUCCGAUUCCCUACAGCGCCUGUGUCUGUAACAAAUACAUCCUGUUUGGUGCCUGAUCUAGAGGUAAUCCAAUGAACGGCUGGUAGAAUUUUGAGUUUUAAAGUAAAAGUUCUGAUGCUGAUAUAGAAAGCAUAAUUUUACUUACAUUCUUCUCGGAAAGGGACCACGUUCUCCAAUUUUAUCUCAAAUAUUGAGGGGGGUUAAAAGGAGAGAUUGUCCAGGGUUACAGAUUCGAAAAAAAAGUUAUCUCAGCCUUUGCUUGGAUUCCUUACAGGUGAAGCUUGACUAACUUCCCUUUGAAAUCGUUAUUCUUGCCAGUCACUGUCUUAUUAACUCUUUUGGAAUGUCCGGGAAAAAAUAAUUUCCAAGACUACUGUAGGUAAAAUAGCGGCUCUUGUAAAACUACCAUGUUGUACAUAGCGUUUUAAUCACUAAGAACUUGACUUUUUUUCCCCACUUGUAUACUAAGGAAAACCGGAUUUUUUUUUUCACUUCUAUACUAGGCAAAGUAGGGCAUUUGAACUUCUUUUGUAAAAACAAGCACCAUUUAAUAUUUGCAUUUUCCUUGUAGAGUAGUCAAAACCUGAAUUGUGACUGCGCAGUCAGUUUGAUAGUAACUUCCCAGGGAGACUCCAGCUUAGAAUUCCGUGUAAACUCAGCCAGUUUAACGUUUCGGUAUCUUUUGUAAAACCAGGUAAAUUUUCUAACAGAAAAAGAAAAAAAAAAAACAUUCCUUUGGUCUUUUGUUUCUUAAGGGGACUGGAAAAACCUUUGAACGAUGCCUUUCUUCGAGUCUUUCAGUGGUUUGACAGUUUACAUUCUUAGUGAUAGUAUCGAUGUAAAUAUUCUACUUGUUAGAUUGUCUAUUCUUAACUUUUUAUGAUGGUGGACUCACGAUCUGAAGCGUUUUCACUUCAUCAAAUUCUCUGGACAAGAAGUGCUGUUUGAUCGAGUAAAACGUCCAGCAUUGCUGGGAAAGACCGUGCAGUGCUAAUUAGCCUUAUGAAGAUGAAAUUGCAAAGGUAUUGGAAAGGGAGGUAGUACUUAUCCGUAAGGAAUGGUCGACAGCUUGUCGAACUGUUCGAACUACAGAAAAUGGGUUUGCGGAUUUAUGUUAAUCAGUUGAUGUUGAUGAAGGGUAAGAGUCAAUUUGAAUUUUGCUUCUUAAUUGGUUGAAGAUGAAGUGAUUGGAUUAAGUUCAUUGCCUAGAGAAUAAGUUAAAUCAUAACUUUACUACAACAGGUAAGAACACCUGCCAGUGUACAUCAUUGCUGUCGGUACUAAAGGAGUAGUGCAAUUUCUCCUUUGGUUUCGUAGAUGUAUUGACUCUAUUUUGUAUGAUACACGGGAUGGCUGUAUUCCACUUAUGCAUUCAUGUCGAUUUGAUAACUUUAUAUAUAGUUAAAUUUUGUAGUAGAGUAGUCAAGUUCGCAAGCAUUGUGGUAAAAUAGAUGUACCGGACGGCAUUUUCAGAGUAAUAUCUAUUUCAUUUUUUAUUUAUUUUUCAUUAUUUAUUCCUUAUUUUGCUCAAACCUCUACAUCAUUUUGUAACCGCUCUCACGACUCUCACAGGACUAUUGAAGCUUUGUCGUCUUUUUUGUGAGAAGUUGUAUUCCUGGUGUCUGAAUGUCUCGGCCCGUUGUAAAACUUGUACGCAUCUGUAAGUUUGUUUUUAUGAGAUUAGUGAUUAUUUUACCUUCUCAGUUUUUAGAUUUUUUUUUGAGAAGUUAAAUGCUAUGUGGUCCGCACCCCUAGCUGUCUUGAGAAUUUUGUGUAUCAUUUCCUAAUCUGGUGUUCAGUAAAUUGAAAAAUGAUGACCAGCGAGCCUCUGUUUCUCCAAUUUACUGGUGUGUAGGCACUGGGAGUCUUGACAGGUUCACUCAUUUGUGUUUGUUGGAACUUUGCUAACCCAAAUUUCUUUUUUUAUGCAUAGUUGCAGAGGGCCCAAUCUUUUGUGAAUCUAGCUUUAGGGAAUCUUCGGUAGCUCACUCUUGGGUGGGUCUAGCGGUUGGUACUCUUAACUGAUCCACUCUUGGUGAGUUGAGAUAGUUAGGCCUUGCUGUUCUAUUCGUGUACGUCGAUCUCUUGAGAAUUCAUAGCCUCCUCUUUUUUUUUUAUUUUUUUUUUUGUGAGUGGAGCUGUUGAGAGUCAUCGUUGGUCAUCCUGUAGGAGUGAGGCUGUUAGGAUUCUAGUUCAUUCCUUCCGAAGAAAAGUUUUCGUUCCUCUGGCAGAUAACUUUGUAUGGUUGCUCUUUUCAGAUAAUCUAGAUUCAGGAACCUUUGUUAACUUAUUCUUUUGAACCUCAAUGAGAAAACCAGAGAAACGAAGAGUAAAAAUAUGGCAGAAAUGCCCCCCUCCCCCUUUUGUAUCAUUCCGAGACUCAAGAAGAGGUCAAAAGCAGUUUCCAUGGACUAAACUAAGGAGCUUAUGGACAGUAGUAGUGGAGUCGUUUGAAGCACAAAUGAAAGGUAAAA